GGCUCGGUGUGUGCAGCGGGUGGGCGUGGCUAGAAUGCUGCCUCAGGGUUUCGGGAAGCAGGUGCGCAUGCGCCGUCCUGUCUCUGUGUGUAUGAGCGGCGCUGCUGUGUUGGGAUGGUGACUGUUUCGGGGGCUGUCAGUGAGUGGAGCCCUCCGUGCCGGUUGCGAUCAGGGGGUGGGUGAAGCCAGUGACCGGCCAAGAAGGCGACAGGAAUCCCUGCCCCCACCCCUAGCUGGAUCCUGAUCCCUGGAAGUUUGCUGUCCCGUGGGGAUUUGGCAGCACCUGCACCUUCAGUGGGAAUGAUGAACAGGUUCAGAAAGUGGCUGUACAAACCCAAGAGGUCUGACCCACAGCUUCUUGCACAAUUCUACUAUGCAGAUGAAGAACUUAACCAAGUGGCUGCUGAGUUGGACAGCUUGGAUGGAAGGAAGGACCCGCAGAGGUGUACACUUUUAGUCAACCAGUUCCGAUCGUGCCAGGACAAUGUUUUGAAUAUCAUAAACCAGAUCAUGGAGGAAUGUAUUGCCCAUGAGCGAGCAAACAGGGACUUCUGCGUGAAGUUUCCAGAAGAAAUCCGGCAUGAUAACCUGGCGGGACAGCUCUGGUUUGGAGCCGAGUGUUUGGCUGCCGGCUCCAUCAUAAUGAAUCGUGAAAUAGAGAGUAUGGCUAUGAGACCUCUAGCCAAAGACUUAACCAGAAGCCUUGAGGAAGUGAGGAAUCUAAUCCGUGACCAGGCCCUGCGGGAUCUCAACAUUUACACAGAGAAAAUGAAAGAAUCCCUCCGACAUUUCGAUGUUCUGUUUGCAGAGUUUGAAUUAAGCUAUGUCUCUGCCAUGGUACCUGUAAAGUCCCCAAAAGAAUAUUAUGUGCAGCAGGAAGUUAUUGUUCUUUUCUGUGAAACUGUAGAAAGAGCCUUAAAGCUUGGAUACCUCACACAAGAUAUGAUCGAUGAUUAUGAACCAGCAUUAAUGUUUACAAUCCCAAGACUAGCCAUUGUGUGUGGUCUUGUUGUUUACGCUGAAGGACCACUCAACCUCGAACGCAAACCAGAAGAUAUGUCUGAACUUUUUCGGCCUUUCCACACCCUGCUAAGGAAAAUAAGAGACCUUCUCCAGACCUUAACGGAAGAAGAAUUACAUACUUUAGAGCGGAACCUCUGCAUAUCACAAGAUGUGGAGUUUCCUGUCAAUGCAGAUCCUGAAGUGCCCUCAGCAAUCUCUCCUGUGUUAGUGACCGCCUUACCUACAGAAGAGCCCCCCAUCGCAAAAGCUGAGAACAUAGAGGUGGAGCUGGCAUGCUCUAUGCAGUACGAUGAACAAGAACUGGAACAGCUAAAUAUGAUGGUUCAUAGAGUAGGGGAUGAAAUGUCUUCUUUACUUUCUCCACCAAGUGUCUACCAAUCUCCAGCUCACAGGGCUAACGCUAGUAAUGAGGCUUCCCCUUGCAGGCGCCCCCUAAAUAAUCUUACAGAUGAGGAGGAUAGGGUGUUUUUCAUGGAUGAUCUUGAUGGAUCAGGGGAGGUUCUUGCAAGGUCUAGGCCUUCUGAGAACACCAUCUCAUGGGUCAACAACUCCUGUUACAAUGCCAAGCAGCUAACACUGUACCAAGACUCUGUUGUACAGAAUGGGGAUCUUGCAGAUGUUGUUUCUGGGAAAGACGGGGAAAAGGAUAUAAGCAAUAACAACAACAUUGAUGGGAGUAAAAUGCUGGGAGCCAGCACUUCUCUCCAGAACUCUUGUAGUUGUUUAGAGGCUCCAGAAUCACAGUUAUACCUCAAUGGAUGGGAUACAAAUGGGGAGGAUGCAGAAACUGCAGAAAUCAUUGCCCACAGGACUGGGGGAAUGAAGAUCUCUGCAACUGUCAUCUUUAACCCAAAAUCCCUUACAGAUUCUCCAGAAACAUCCCCCGAUCUCGCCAGCAACCGCGUUCCUUUAUCUUCAGACCCCCUGACCAGUAGCGAAGAAGAUGAGUCCCACAAACUUGGCAUAGCAGCUACAAACUGUUUGAUCAACUCUUGCGUAUGUUGCGGGAGCUGUGAAGACACCCGAGAGGAUAGUUUAGAAGGAUUAAGAAAUGUCCCGUCUUCAGGUAAAGUUAUAAAUGCUUCCUACAGCUUAAUAAAGUCCAAGGAAUUGGGCCACGUGGACAGAUCAGACUGUACAGGGUCUGCCAAAGAGCUGUUAAAAAUGGAAAGUCCCACUGUUUUGUUGCUGGAAAAAGAGACAACGAGACAGGAGCAACCGUAUCCUAACUCUUCUAAGUGCCUGCCACUCAACUCAGGUUCCCAGAUAGGAACGGACAGUGAAUCUGAUGAGCCUGCGGCUGUCUCACAUGAUCAGCUGAAAAGUGAGUCAAAGAGACAGCCAAUCUGCAGCAAAGAGAGACCGUCCGAAGAAGCCGAGGAGCCCCCUUCCGACAGGGCGUCAGCAGAUAACAUAACAUCUAGUGCGAGUUCUCAAGAUGGCUUGCGUGAUUCCGCCCUCAACUCCAUCUCCAGCAGUGACUAUGAGAGUGUUUCUGUCACUACAUGUAGUCUCUCCAGCAUAGAUUCUCUGAGCUCUUGCUCAUCAGACGACAUUGAUCAGGAGGAGAUUCAGCUGGCACUGCAGGCCGCGAAAAUUGCUUCCAGACACAAGAUCCGAUCCCGAUUCCACAGCAGUAAUGACCUCAUUCACCGGCUCUUUGUCUGCAUCUCAGGUGUCGCUGAUCAGUUGCAGACAAACUACGCCAGUGACCUAAGAAGCAUCCUGAAGACUUUAUUUGAGGUGAUGGCCACUAAGCAAGAGACUGAUGACAAGGGCAAGCAAAAGAAAGCCAACCAGGGGCUUAGAAGUGCGGCUCUAGAAGAUUGUGCCCUGUGCCAGGAAACCAUCACUUCUUCAGAGCUGGCAGCCAAGGCCCGGGAUGGGGAAUUUGAAGAUCCUCCUGAUUGGGUGCCGGAUGAAGUGUGCAGUUUAUGCACGGCCUGCAAGGCCCCCUUCACAGUCAUUCGCAGGAAACACCACUGCCGGAGCUGUGGCAAGAUCUUCUGCUCUCGCUGCUCUUCCCAUUCGGCCCCUUUGCCACGAUAUGGACAGAUGAAGCCCGUGCGAGUCUGCACUCACUGCUACAUGUUCCACGUCACCCCCUUCUAUAGCGACAGGGCUGGAAUGUGACGGCUGCACUCGGAGGAACUGGAUCCCAACUCACGUUGCACUCGACCCAAGCCAAGAAUCACCUCCGGACAGAGGAGCUGGGGGCAAUGUGCAGGAGGCAUGCAGGCUUUAACCCAAACAUUGAUCAUGCUGUGUACAGAGUUCCAAUUGCAUUUUCUAAAGCUGCUAUAGGAAAAAUAUGAAACGUCUGCAGAUCCCGUCUUUGGUUCAGUCUUCCAAACAGUCCCGCUUUAAGCUAACAAUGACAUUGACUCCUAGAGAACUGCUCCCGGCGAGGAAUAGGGCUAUGAGCAUUCUGUCUUGCUGCACCACUGCUUUACCUUAAACACCGGAGACUCAAUGAUUGUAGCAUCUCUCUGCACCAUAUCCUCAACAUAAUCUAGACACCAUAUCCUCACCAUAACCUAAUCACCAUUUCCUCAACAUAACAUAGGCACCAUAUCCCCAUCAUAACCUAGCCACCAUAUCCUCACCAUAACAUAGGCACCAUAUCCUCACCAUAGCCUAGCCACCAUAUCCUCACCAUAACAUAGGCACCAUAUCCUCACCAUAGCCUAGCCACCAUAUCCUCACCAUAACAUAGGCACCAUAUCCUCACCAUAGCCUAGCCACCAUAUCCUCACCAUAACAUAGGCACCAUAUCCUCACCAUAACAUAGGCACCAUAUCCUCACCAUAACAUAGGCACCAUAUCAUCACCAUAACCUAGACAUCAUAUCCUCACCAUAACCUAGGCACCAUAUUCUCACCAUAAUCUAGGCACCAUAUCAGCCCUGUAUUCCCUCUUCCAUCAUUAUUCUCACCCGGUGGGUGGAAGGAAACCAGUGGAAGAGAAGCAGAAAUAGAGGUUGGAAGCAAAGAGCAUGUGCUUGUCAUGCAAAGAGCAUUUCCUUUAUUACCAGAUUCAUAGCAAUAAUGUUGAAAAAAACCAUAAUUCAUUAGAAGGUCUUGGUCCAUAGAUGUGAGGGACACCCAAGGGUAUUGGCACACGCAGUGACCUCAGAGACAUGACUUCAUGGGUGUUCCCUCCUCCCAUCCGGUUGUACCAUGUGACACAGUGUUCCCAAGGGAUUUCCUUUUACAUUCCAGUUAUUUAUUUAUGAAGGGCUGGCCACAUCCAUAGCACUCUAAUAAACAUGUGACAUUCA